GUCCUUUCAACCCCAAAUCCACGGCUCCAUCGCCGCCAUUAGCCUCUUCCUCGCUCCCCCGAACCCGAACCCUAGCAUUGCGUCAGCAACUCGUGCAGAUCCAUCCGUCCCCAUCACACGGCGAGGCGGUGGGAGCCGGCGGCGUGCUCGAGGUCUUUUUUCGAGGACCGCGCAUCGGUGACGCGGCCAUGAGGGAGGAGGGCGACGGGAGCAGCGAGAGGCGGCGGCCGCAAGGCAGCGGCAUCUUCGCAGAUCGAUCCAUAAGGGCGGAAUGGGAGUCGCUUCAGCCGGAGCUCGUCCAGCUCAUUGCCGACCGCGUCCUCUCCACCAGCGGCGUCGACGAGUACUUGGCCAUGAGGGCCGUCUGCCCCGGCUGGCGCUCUGCCGUCUCCAAGCCAUCUCCGCACGCCGCGGUCGCCGACCUCCGUUUCCGCCCACGGCAGUGGGUCAUUCUCCAUGAGGAAUCGGAGGACAAAGGGCCGCUCUUCCUCAACGUCUCCACGGGGCGCUUCCGCCACCUGCGCCGCCCUGUGCUGCGUGACUACAUCUUCGUCGGUGCAUCCGACGGUCUCCUGGUCCUCGGGGACAGGGAGCGCCCGCAUGCCGCUCGUCUCCUCAACCCAUUGACUGGUGGCAUGCUUCCCUUUGCAGCGCCAAUACCUUUGGAACCAUGGCUGAAGGCUGCAAUCGCUGGCCCCAAACAAACGAUUAUCUUCUCUUUCGAACCAUUACAUGGGGAAUACAGAGAUUUGCCGGCUCAUUGUUCUCCGCAGGCAGGCGGUGACGCUGUUUACUCUACUGAUCCCACGGGCCAGCUCAGUCCUGUGAAGCUCCAUGAUGCUGCUUACAAAGAGGGACACUUGCUCUACCUUCUGAGCAUGGUCACCUAUGCAGGCAAUGUUUACGUGCUCAUUUCUAAAGGAACUCUGUGCAAGAUCGUUUGGACCGGUGGCCACUGGUACACGGAGCGGAUAUUGCAGAUUGACAUGAAGCGCACCGGUAGUCUCGUGGAGUUUGCCGGUAAACUGCUUCUUGUUAUAGAGGAAUCCAAAACCAUUGAAGUUUUCAGCGUGGAUGUCAAGCGGAAGGUACUUGAACCAAUCAACAGUAUUGGCAGCAGCGCGCUCUUCAUAUGUUUUGGCAAGUGCAUGGCUGUUGACGCAGAUAAGCUUCCUUCCAUCAAGCGCAACUGCAUUUACAUCACUACUACUUUUGAGAGCGUAUACAACUUGUAUGACCUUAGUGACGGCAAGAAGAAAUGCAUCACCAGCAACCAGGUGCCUCGAGAUGGUCCUCGAGCUGAAAGUUAUACCAUUCAUGAAGGCCCUUUGAGCCUUGCUCAGGUUCUCCUCACUCCGUAUCCAAAGAUUAGAGCUCAACUAGAUCGUAUCCAGCAAAUCUAAUUUGUACGCCCUUAGCAUGACUUGCUCAACUUCAAUUGUCAUCCUUGUACCCCCAUGAAAAGGAAUUGAACCCCUUCGCAACUAGUUUUCUUUCUUGCUGGACUGGACUGCAGAAUGCCGAGAUGCUCGAUUGGUUGGUUGUUUGCUGGGCAGAACUUGUUGCAGCUUCUUGCUGCUGAUGUUCUAAGCAGUAGCUUCAUCCAAUGGUGUAGUUCCAGUCAUGUGCCUUGCUGUCGUUGGAUAUGAUGUGCCCUGGUAGCAGCUUUGUAAUGUAUCUGGUGUUGUUUCUGUUGAGUAGUUGCAAGUGGUUUUUGGAGUUCCCAUUUAUGUUAAGAACCUGGCUCCACCCUUGGCUGGUCCUGUGCUUCAUGUACUAUAUUAAUCUAAAAAGUAGUUUUCUUUCUGAAUUACUCACAUUUUCUUACAUGGACUCACUAGGUCGUAAAAUAAACUGUGACUAAAUUUGAAACAACUACAUGACUCAUAAUCAAUAGUUCUCUAAUAGAAGGGGACAUAGAUGCAUGGUACGAAAACAAAACAAACGAACUGCUCACAGAAACCUGCAAAAUGAUGUCUGAAAUCAGCAGUGGAGCUGCACACGAUCAGUCCUUAGUCUUCUCAGUCUUCACGCUGUGUUCUGUUCAGUCCUUACUGUUCAUUUCUUCAGAGCAUUGGUUAUCAUUCAUGUAUCAUGUUUUUUUUGUUCAGUGAAUCAAUUAUGUUUGGAAGUUGUAGGUUCCCAUUCUA